CUCAUAUCUGUCCAGUGAUGCUGUUUGGCUAGACCUCUCUGCAUAAUUUCUCCGAAUCUUUCUUCCUUCUCUCCUUCCGUCGCUUCAUUUCUUUGCUUCCUUCAUCAUCAGUCCAUCGCUAUUAUUUGGCAGGCCAAUCCUCACGCUCAUUUUUGUCAUGAUCGAUUCACUCCCUUAAGUACAAUCGCUACGUUCUACGCUUUAUUCUGCCCCGAAGAUGGGGAGCUCCCCGGGAACGGGCGACGCGGAACCAGCGCCGGAAGCGUCCCAAACAAUGUCGCCAUCGUUCCAAAGUCAGCGGGAACUGCCAGCUGAGGCUUCGUCUGUGAUACAACGUCCGAUCGUCUGUUCCCCCAGACCGAACGGUGCUGCUCGACACGCAAAACGUCUGACCCUCAACUUUCCUAUCAACGUUGUUCCGGGUCUUGAAUCCGAUCCUAGCGUCACUUCCCCUGAGUCUAUGACACCUGCCACAUUCUCGGCCGCCCGUCCAUCUCCCCUCCCUGCCGCUGGAACUCCGGUCGUGUUCGACGAUCAGGACGAUGGUUCUAGCCUUCUGACUGCCAUUGCGUCACAGGAACGGAAGGUGCUAGAACUCCGCGAGGAGCUUCAGCGGGCGGAGGCGGAGCUGGAUACUUUGAAGAAACAGUGGGCUUCCUCCGAGAAGACGAAGAAACGCACGGAGAUCAACCACCGAGCUGAGCCGUUGCUCCCUCUGCGGUCGCCUGACCGCGCGACCCAUGACGAAUCGAGCCAGCAUCGUACAGAACGCAGUGCAGGCACAGCGGAUGGCUCUUCGGCCGUGCAGACUCGGCGCAGCCGCGAUCUGGAGCGGCGCCAAAGCCUACGAGCGAGUGUAAAUGGUGGCACCGCGAUAUCUGCGAAUGGACGGCGUGUGUUCCAGGGGUCUCAUACGCGGGCAUUGUCGCUGCUCUCGCCCGUUAAUGGUCCUGGUGUCAACCAGCAGUUUGGCGCUGAUGUGGACGGCAACCGUGCGACCCGGACGCCGCGGUCGGCGACCUUGCCUUCUGUUGAACGUGCUGCAACGACCGAGAUGAACGAACGGCCUACAGAGGAUAUGAUCUCUCAGUGGCGGAGGACGAUGCCGCCCCCGUCUCGGGAGGCACUUGUGCGUACCGGCAAGCAGAUGGCUUCCGAUCUGAGAGAAGGCUUGUGGACGUUCCUGGAGGACAUUCGACAGGCCACCGUGGGAGAAGAGGGAAUCAAUGCCACUCAGUCGAGAGGAGUGCCGCCCGCGCGGAAACGAGAUUUCAGCUCCGCAUCUCGAAGCAGAGACCGUUUGUCGGUGCAUGGAGGCAAAUCAUCGCGGUCACCGUCGUCCUCGCGGGGCAAGGCGGCAGGGACACAAUUAUCUGGUAAAGACACUAAAUCGGCGGACAUAGACGUGUCGUUCUGGAGUGAAUUCGGCAUUGAUACAGCUGGGCAGAAGUCCACGAAAGCUCGCGGAGCCUCAAAUACCCCACGCGGGGCGACCGAACAAGAAACCUCCAACAAUCUCGACGUUGAAGAGAACUGGGAUGACUGGGAUACUCCCCAGCCCAAGAAGACGCAUACCCCUUCUUCGAGCCGCUCCACGCUGGAGUCCAAGCACGACCAGUCUCCGGUGACACAGAACAGUAGCCCUCGUACAAGCGGCAGCUUUGGAGACUGGCGCGCCACGCAGGAUGACUUCGUCCCGGACCCCAGCGUAUCAGAUGGCAUUCCCUGGCCUGCAAUCACCAAAUUCGCUCCCUCGAAGCUCACGCGGACGGCAUCCAAUUUGAUGGCCGAGUGGGAGCGCAGUCUUUCACCGUCACCUGAAAGAAAGAAUCAAACGAGCUCCCCGCCGCUCAAUAAGGACGAUAAAAAAGACUGAACUCGUCCGUGGGACUGUCCUACUCCAUGACCCUUGACCUGAUACAUGUUUCUUUUUUCCUUCAGGCUACACUGUAAAUACAAACAUAUAUGGACAUGCACUCUACCGGGCUGGAUUGCAUGGACCAAGUACAAAGUAACGCAGGGCUACGAUUAUCGUUUGAAUACCCUCACGACCACAGCGUUUUCUUCCCCUUCGUGGAUUUGCCAUUCUAUGACUUCUUUUCUUCUUUUCUCCAGUUCCAAAACGUUGUUUGAUGAAGCCCUUUUCCGACACGGAUUAUGUACGAGGAUAUUAUGUAUAUAUAUGUCUUGCUUUUAUAUUUCUAUAAAUUUGCAAUUACAUGCAUUAGAGCC